UGCGCCAUAUUGGAUCGCAGUAGUGUAUAACAGUUUAUAGUAUUUAGGAUUAGCAGCGGUCCCCGGUCCCUUUGGGCUUUUAGCGCUUACUUUCUGGGUUUUUUUAAAUGGGGUGUAAUUGCGAACUAUAAAGGACCAUACACGCGUGUAUUUUAACAGACAAAGGGAUUCGGAGAAAGGGUUGUUAAAACAGAAGUUUGAAUGGAUCCGAGGGUAGCUUGGAUUCAGCCCGAACAGAAAGGACCUGCUAAUGCUUUGUGGAUGCAUAUCUGGGAGACCUCUCAGGCUGUCAGGACAAACUCCAGUCAUCACCAACACCUCUGUGUUAAUUCGCCGGCUUUGGACUCCAGCGUUUUUAAAAAUGUAGCUGCUGCUGCUGCUCCCAGAAAAAGCACGGGCAACUGUAGCAGCCAUCAGAAUCAUGCGCCCGGUAAGGACAGCAGCAGUAGCAUUGUUGUAAUUUCAUCUUCCAGUGUAUCAAACAGCAGCACACAUAAUGCUCUGCCUCCCCCAGCCAGUAACCGAUUAAAGGCAGCUGGUGGAGAGGGGAAACGGUUGCAAAAGACUCCAUCUGUGUCUUCGUCCUCCUCGAUCGAGUCGGGAACGGAAAGCCCUUCAUCCAACUCCUCUUCGGGAAGGACUAUUGGUAAUAGCAAUACUGGUAGCAGUAAUAAGACUGCAGGCGGUGCCAACCUAUUUUUCAAUUUCAGCGAGAACUUGUUAUACAAUGCCAAUAACAGCACUCAUCAUCAGCAGGAGCAGCAUCAACACAGCCUCCACGAAAACUACAAGUUUCACCAGUAUCACAGCUCCACAGCUCUCAACAACCAUCACAACCGCCACCCAGGCCGAAGGAAAAGUGACAAUAAAGCGAGCACUUAUGGGAUCAACUAUUUGCUCUCCAACUGGGGUAAUGGGAACUAUGCCUGUUCUGGGACGCCUUGGAAAACCAGGAAAUACAGUCCCGGGGUCAACGGCCUUCAUGAAGAGAUUGUGGAUUUCUACCACUUCAUGUCCCCACGUCCUGGAGAAGCAGCUAUGCGUAAAGACGUGGUGAACAGAAUAGAGAGAGUUAUAAAGGAUCUAUGGCCCACUGCUGAUGUUCAGAUUUUUGGCAGCUUUAGUACAGGACUUUAUCUCCCAACAAGUGACAUAGACUUAGUGGUCUUUGGGAAAUGGACACGUCCCCCUCUACAGCAGCUGGAACAAGCACUACGGAAACACAAUGUGGCUGAGCCUUACUCUAUUAAAGUACUUGACAAAGCUACGGUACCAAUAAUAAAACUCACCGACCAAGAGACUGAAGUUAAAGUGGACAUCAGUUUCAACGUAGAAACUGGUGUGAAAGCAGCGUGGCUUAUAAAGGAAUAUGUUAAGAAAUAUACUGUGCUUCCUUACUUGAUUUUUGUGUUGAAGCAGUUUCUUCUUCAGAGGGAUUUAAAUGAGGUGUUCACGGGUGGUAUUAGUUCUUAUAGCCUCAUUUUAAUGGCCAUCAGCUUUUUGCAGUUGCACCCAAGAAUCGAUGCCAGGGGACCCAAUGUAAAUCUGGGCAUUCUUCUAAUUGAAUUCUUUGAGCUUUACGGAAGGCAUUUUAACUACUUCAAAACUGGUAUUCGGAUAAAAAAUGGAGGUGCUUAUGUUGCCAAAGAAGAAAUCAUGAAAGCCAUGACAAAUGGUUAUAGGCCGUCAAUGUUAUGCAUUGAAGAUCCCCUCUUGCCAGGAAAUGAUGUAGGCAGGAGUUCCUAUGGUGCCAUGCAAGUGAAACAAGUCUUUGACUAUGCUUACAUUGUCCUAAGCCAUGCUGUAUCUCCUCUUGCAAGAUCAUAUCCCAACAAAGACUCCGAGAGCACUUUAGGUCGUAUUAUUAAAGUCACCCAGGAAGUCAUUGAUUAUAGGGAAUGGAUCAUAAAGAAGUGGGGAGGGAAGAACUGCACUAAGACCGACAGUGGUGAUUCCAGGAUACAAGGCACAGAGCAGAAAGAGCACAGUAGUAUGGCUCGGAAUGCCGAGCAGCAGCGAGACUUAGUUUCCCCACAAAGCGUGGACUCGCCCAUGUCUCUCUCCAGCCCCCAUCAGCACUCUUCCGGCUCUUCUGCAUCCUCCAUCUCCUCCCUCUCGGGAAGUGAUAUCGACUCCGAUUCAACUCCCUGUUCAGCGGCAAACAUUCCCCCAUUUCCCAUCCAUGCACUAACGCUGUCUACACUCGGACCUGCAUUACAGUUGCCAAAUGGGAAGCCAAACCUAACUGGAGCUUUGAUAAUGUCUUCUGGCUCCCAGGCUAGGCUAUCCCUUUCUGGAAACCUAGGUGUUCCUUCACUACCUGGCAGACAGGUUUGUAUAGAAGGGACAACUCCUUUGAAUGCUGUCCUACACAUGCCCCCUCCUGUUGUUCCCCCUGCCUCCCCCAGCCCUCUGCCAAGCCCCCACCUGCAUCACAAGAUGCAAAGUGGGCCAAAGUAUUCCAUGAAGGGACUCCAUAAUCCAGGUGCUGUCCACAACCCAAUGGUGGGCAUGAAACAGCCUAUUAACAACAGGGGACAUGCUCAAUACAACCGCAACACCUGGCGCAGGAGGAAGCACACGAGGGAUAUUGUACCAGUCAGCCUUAGUAGAUAAGAUCGCUUCCGUCUUGAAGCUGGAGUUUUUACAAAUGCCACAAAGAGGAGUAAGACCAGCAUUCAAUACUUCACACUGUAGGUAGCCCUACGUACCUGCAGUUGAUUCUUUGCAUGUUUCCUGCACAGUGGUCAGAAAUCCACCUUGCAGAUAAUAUUGUUCAGUGCUGAAUCUGUGAAGACUUGUUCAGAUGUAAAUGUUUUGUUCUUUGUUCAGUGUUACUUUUUUACUUUUUAUUUCCCCUGCUCCAUUUUGUUUUUUGGCCUUGUGAGGAUUCACCAUCUGAUGCUGGAAGUGGCUCUAUUCAGUGACUUGCUGCAGCUUGGAGAAGAAAAUAUUUUCUCUGGCUUACAUGCGUGCAAAAGCAUUGGCAAGUUGAUGACCAGCCAUUUUUGUCUUUCAGCGAUGGACUGGCCCAGACUACACUACAAGGCAGAGCUGCCUCCUUUUUCAUAGUCAUAGUACUCAUUUUACAAUGUACAAAAGGAACAAAUUGUUUAUCAUUUGUGCAAUAACUGUUUUUUGGUUUCAAAAAAUGGUUUUAUUUAAUUUUGUUAUAUGGAUAUGUCAGGUGUUUAAGUUAUAUUUUGGGGUUUUUUUGUUCUACAAGUUUACAGAUCCUUUCCUGGAUUGUGGUCUUUGCAGGUCUGAUGUUUUAAAAACAGCAGUUUAUAGUUGCAAACUGUAACAAGAGGACUCCCCUUUUAAUGAUGUGCAAAGCAGGGCAAGAAACGGGAAUUGAAAAUAGGCUAGCCAGAGACUUUCUUCACUUCUUGGAGCUGUUGUGAAAGGAGUAGUCAACAGGUCCAUUAACUGGAAAUGUCCUUAGUCCUGUUUUUACUAAAAGCCCCCUUUUGGUGUCUGUUUUUAAUCUUUUUUUUGUUUGGGUUACAAUGUACCUGUUCAGCGCUAAAGCAUAUAUGAUUAGUGUUAAAUCCACAUCUGAUGGUUAUUCCAGUUGGGAAUCUCCCAUUUAGCCAUCCCAGGCCACUGUUCUCAUUCCGUGAAAUGAUCCUCAAAUGUUUUGGAACUACACUAAUCUGUGUGCUUCUAGCCCAGAGAGAAUAUAGCCUCUAGCAGCGUGGUUUUGUCAAAAGGAAUGACCAGAGCUCAUUUUGAAGAAUGUUUUUCAAGAGUAUGGCAAUGACCGAGGGUCGGGCGAUCAGUUGUUUUCUGAGGAAAAGGGGAGUCAAAUGAAGGUACAGUGUAUUAGGAAUAGAUUUAAAUCAGUGUUAAUUUAUGUAACCUGUGUUUAUGCAAGGUGCCCCUAAAAGCAUUUGCUCCAAGGGUGCCCAGUCAACAGAAUGUGGCGAAAGGAAUUAUUUUGAUUCCAUUCUGGAAUCUGUAUAGCAGUAUGUAUUCGUUCUGUUAAGAGCAACACAUUCAAAUCAAAUAUUAACAAGUACUUCCAUUUGCUGGAUGCAUUGCCUGAAGUAUUUUUUACAGUAUUGCAUCGUGGUGCAGCAAGUAUAUGGCGCACAAACUGUAUUGCUGUCACUUUAAGGUUACUGAUGCAUACAGGUAUACUAUGCAAGUGGAAUUUUUUUUUCAUGACGACCACUGCUUGUUACCUUUUUGAACUACAGAAAUAGUACCCAAACCCUGAGUUUUAAAAGCACCAUGGUUGUUCCAAGGAAAUAUUGACAGCGAUACGAUACCAGUAUUAUGUGUUCAUUUAAAGUCACUUGUUUUUAAAAUAAGGUUACUUAUCCUCCCCCACUUCAGCCACUACCAGGGAAUAUACCUCCUAACAAUGGUUGAAAUGUACUGUACGAUGUAUAUCUAUAGAUUUCAGAGGUGAGUGAGACUGCUGUUGAUGAAAGCAUAACUUUAAACUCCACUUAGCAGCCAAAAGCCAACUGCCUUUCUGUCAUUUUUGUUAUUACAUUCCAUUGUGGAGCUGUGGUAAACAGUGCUCUACAAAACCAUUUGUCAUGUAACCAGUGCUGAGAACUAUGGAAAAUCAUAAGUGAAUUAGACCGAGUAACAACUGGUAUCAGUGCCGAUGUAUUCAUUCUAUAUGGUUUUAAAUAAGUAGACGCAAAACGCCUUACGUUUAUGCGUUGAUUCAGACUCAAUUCUUAAAUUUGGCUUUUGCUUUUCCUGUCUUUAAAUAUGACAGGCAGUUAUAUAGUAUGCUUGUCAUAAAAUGUUACAUUUGAGUCAUGAUUAAACCAAACAAUCUGGUUGCCUGGCUACCACUGUGGUUAUAUCUUAACUGGUAACAGAAGGAAGUAUCAUUUUUUUUGGAGAAACAUUUUUAUGUAAAGUUUUUUUUCUAUUCUUUUUUUAAAUAAACUUCUUAAAACAAA